AUCAGCGACGCGCGUGUGAUUUAAGCAACUUACGCGCGCCUUUCCCUUGCCCUGCCCUCUACGAAUCAGAAUUGACGGAGAAGAACGCAGCCGGAGAAACGGAGAAGGACUUCAGAUUUUCCGUCGACCUGAGAAGGAAUCGAUCGUUUCGGUUUCGGUUUCCAUUUUGAGGCUUUGAUUAAUUGUGAAAUUUAAUUUCACCAACGGCAAGACGGAGAUGGACAGUGAUGAUGAUUUUACCUUUUGUCAGGUUGCUUUGCCUUCUGAUCACAGCAGCCUUGAGGCAAAGAAUCUUGCCACCGAUAUUGGUGGUAUUAGCAUUAGAGAUCAAGUCUCAAAUGGCAGUGCUAGCAGUCAAAAUAGUGGUUCCCAGUGGAAGAACAAGUUGCCAGAUAAUUCCACCUUCAAGGAGGGUUCCAUUGGUUCUUUGUCUUUUAAUGUUAUUCAUACCUCGUCACAGAAACAAUCUACUGAGUCAUCAACAAAUGUAGCAUUCACAGAUGUGGGAAAUUCAGUUAAGAGUGUACGAGAACCAAAGGUGCCUGCUAGAAAGCCUAUAACUAGGGCCAAGGUACCUUUUGAAAAGGGGUAUAGUCAAAUGGACUGGCUUAAGCUUACUCGGACACAUCCAGAUCUUGCAGGACUCAAAGGACAGUCGAAUAAGAGGCGUAUUUCUAUGAAUGAAGUUAAGCAACACCAAACAGAAGGCUCCAUGUGGACUGUUCUAAAAGGUCGUGUGUACAAUUUGUCUCCAUACAUGAAGUUUCAUCCAGGAGGUGUUGAUAUGCUGAUGAAGGCAGUGGGAAAAGACUGUACAUCACUAUUCAACAAAUAUCAUGCUUGGGUGAAUUUUGAAUUCUUGCUGGAGAAAUGUCUCGUUGGUACCUUGGACAACAGGGAAGGCAGUUCUGAAAAAUAAGAAGACAAAUAUUUUCUCCAAGGGUGAACAAUAGCAGGGGAAUGUCCUUGCAUCGCUAAUGCAGUCACCUUGUGUCAUCUAUAGGUGAAAUGUACUUUUGGACAUUUAUUUUCUUAUUAGGCUCUCAAAGGAAAUAAAGUUGUAGAUUUUUUUUAUACAAUUUUAUCAUAAUUUAGAAUUUACUAAAUUCUAUUUUCAUGU